GGAACUAGUAAGGGUCGGGUCGUCACGGGCUACUGCCCCGAGAACUAACACAGUACCACCCGUGCCGCAUCCUACCACCCGUCCCGCACUAUGCUACCCGUGCCAUGGCUACAUGGGUAUCAGGCAGCUACUAGGUAUUCCUGACCCAACCAUGGAGGGAAUCAUAAUCAAUCUUUCUUUUUUCAGAUCCAACCCUCUGUCGGCGGUGAAGGUAUCUCUCAUUCAUACAACCGAAACAUUUUAGGUAAGAGGCGGUCAAAUCCGAAUGACUUGCUUGCUUGUUCAUACAUCAUACAUGAUACGCAUUCUACUUAAAUAAGCCUUUUCGAGCCGCAGUCCAAAUCCAGCAGAACAGAAAAUCCCAUCUAUCACAUAUCACCAUACCCCCUCCCUCCCCCUUAAAAAACGACUACCACCACCCCCGCACGAUAUACCACGUGAUUGGAAUUUUACCAACCUACAACACACACACCCCUUUAUCAUCUAACCCAAGACUUAAAAUAACCAUCAUGUCUACAUCGCCGAAGGUCAUCGAAGAAGCGAAGGCUCACCUCAAGGAGCACGGCUGGGCGCGCAUCCCCUCGGUGCUGAACAAAGAGGAAGCGGCCGAGGCGCUGGACCGGCUGUGGCAGGCGAACGCGAAGGCCAAAGCGCGCGGCGAGGACUCUCACCUCGCCUUUCUCGACCCCAACGCGAACAACGUGCGGGUGUUCUACCUGAUGGAGCUGGACAAGCUGUUCCGGGAGCUGAUCGCGCACCCGACAGCGGUGGAGAUGGUGAAGUCGGUGCUGGGCGAGCAGUUCCUCAUCAGCAACUUCACCGCCAACAUCGCGCGGCCGGGGUCCCACAGCAUGGCGCUGCACUCCGACCAGAGCAUCGUGUUCCCCGACCCCUGGCAGGACAUCUGGGCCCUCAACGUCAUCUGGUGCCUCACCGACGUCCACGAGGCCAACGGCGCCACCAAGUACAUCCCCGGCUCCAACAAGUGGGUCUACCGCAAGGAGGUGCCCCCCAACGCCCCCGACCUGCUGGUGCCCUUUGAGGGAAAGGCGGGCGAUAUCAUCGUCAUGGACGGCCGCGUCUGGCACACGUCCGGCAGCAACGUGACGAAGGACGAGGACCGCGCGCUGCUGUUUGGCUACUACACGGCGCCGUUCAUGCGCCAGCAGGUCAACUGGACCGCGAAGCUGCCCAAGGAGAUCCAGGAUACCCUCGACCCCCAGAUGAAGGAGUGGCUCGGCCUGAACCCCGUGGGCAACAUCGGUGUCACGGGCGACUUGCGGUACAUGGGUGUGCAGUUCCCUGAUGCGAAGAUCCCGGAGAAUAAGGCGGAGGAGAAGGUGGCGGUCGCUUAGGGUGGCCGAUGGAAAUGAAUAUAAAAAUGAACUUUCUGCCUGGGUACCUAAGCAUUGCGAUGCAGAUGGGGCUAGAGUGCCGCCUGUCGAGGGAGGUCACUUGCUUAGGUAGUUAUGAUAACCACAAUAAAUAAACACUUUACUCA